AUGGCCACGAAAUCCGAGUCAUCAAUGGGAGCGUCAGGGCUUUCUUACUCGCAAGUUGUGCGUUACAUCGUUAUAGCAGUAGCGCUAUGGUACGCUGGAUACAAAUUAUUCACCGGACAUGGUGAAGACAUUAAUUUCGGUAAGUUUCUGACAAGAACAUCGCCCUACAUGUGGGCAAACUUGGGGAUUGCGAUGUGUAUUGGGCUCAGUGUGGUGGGGGCUGCUUGGGGUAUAUUUGUUACCGGAUCUUCGAUCAUCGGAGCUGGUGUGCGUGCACCUCGUAUUACGACCAAAAAUUUGAUUUCCAUUAUUUUCUGUGAAGUGGUGGCCAUUUACGGGCUGAUCAUGGCUAUUGUGUUCUCAGCCAAGUUGACUACUGCCACUCGUGAAACUAUGUUCUCAAAAUCGAACCUGUACACUGGAUAUUCACUAUUUUGGGCCGGUCUCACCGUUGGAGUGUCCAACCUAAUUUGUGGUGUUGCAGUCGGAAUUACGGGUGCCACUGCCGCUGUUUCCGAUGCGGCCGACUCUGGAUUGUUCGUCAAAAUUCUCGUUAUCGAAAUUUUUGGCUCUGUGUUGGGUCUACUGGGCCUAAUCGUUGGACUUUUGAUGGCAGGAAAGGCCGUUGAAUUCAGCUGA